AUGUCAGGCUUGAAAACACUAGUUGAUGAGUUUGAACUACAAUUGUCAAGGAAUCCAUAUGAUAGCAGCACAUAUGAUAGGAUAUUGGGCAAACUAGCCACCCUCAAUGGUGGUGCCGAGACUGUCAAUUACGUGUACCUCAACAAGACCAAACAUUUCCGACUAACGCAGUCGGAGUUGAAUCAUUGGCUUUCUCAGUUGAGGUCGAUCGAGGACGCCAACCAAAGAUUGGUUCUCGAGUACGAAUUUUACAACAAUGUGGCUGACGACUACAUGACCGUGCUCAUCAUGCAAAACUACCUCAAGUUGGCGGACCAGCUCCUCAGCGUGGGCGCAAUCUCAGACACAGAUUUUCGAGGUCUAUUAUCGAAAGCGCUCAGUGUCUGCUCGUAUGAUUUUCAGCAGGGGAAUCUAGUGUGGAAGAUCGUGUUGGCCUACUUUGAGCAAGUCUUUGCCAAGACCAAGGACGAAAAUGAUCUAGAAACACUUGUCAAAUUGCACCGGAAGAGGUUAAGCUUCCCUCACGCUGAGCUCCAAAAAUCUUUCCAGGAGCUUUCCUCGCUCAUUUCCACCCAUAUGCAUGAGAGGUAUGAGGAGCAAAUGGGCAUCGCCAGUAGCAUAUUCAAUGCAACGCAAUCAAAGCUCAAUUACUACCAGAAAUAUGAAAACCAAAUUAGAGACGACCCGACUGAAGUUUCCACUUGGAUCAGCUAUAUGAAAGAUGUGUUUAAAUAUCUGGGAUUGAAACCAGCUUGGGCAAUUUUCGAGCGAUCGAUUCAAAGUGAUGUGGCGCGUAUUGGCAAAUGGCAGAAAGUCUGGUUGUCCUUUAUCGACAUUGUGCACGCUGCGAAAGACGAAAAUGUUUUGCAAUUGAUUCUUUCCAAAUUUGUGAGAGAGUUCCCUUACUCAUGCCAGGCAUUUGCCGCAAAUAUCAGAAACUGCACCUUGUACAGUCAAGAGGGCCAAAAAGAGCUAGAGCAACUUCAAAAGAGGAUUCAUUUGAGUGACUUGAUGAACUCUUCGGACUAUAAUGAGUGGCGACUAAUUGCAAAUGCCUUGCUCCAUUUGAAGUACCAGAGCCUUUUAAAUUCCACCGCGUUUGUUGAAGUUCACGAUUUCAUGACGGAAAUGGCGACUUUUUUCGAGUUUGCGCUAAAGCAUCAGGACAGAUUCCAUUCUGUUGAAAAGUUUGUUAUUGCAAUCUGCAUCAAAUUGGGGAAAACGGAGAAAGCGAUGGAGUUUCUUGAACGAUUUUACCAGAAAUUUGGAAAAGAAACCGAAGUUUGGUUAUAUGCUGUUGAAAAGUCAGCUGAUCUUGGUCUUGAAAUGGAGCAUAUAAGGUCCUUAUUCAUCUUGGCCUUUGCAAAUGAGUUGGACUCAUCAGAGCGGUUGAAGGAGGAGUGGUUAUUGUUUGAAGAAGUAAAUGGCGAUGUACUGUCCUAUCAAGACGCAUUGUCUCAUUGCAUGGAUGUCAUGGAGAAAGAGCAAAUAGCCAACGCCAACGCCAACGUCAACGUCAACGUCAAUGUCAAAGUUAAGGAACAAGAAAAAGAAAAAGGAAAAGAGCAAGAGCACGACCCAACAAAGAAGCGGACCCGCGAUCUGGCCCUCGAAUUAAACAGAUCAAGAGAGGAAUUCACUGUUGAAGUGAGAAACCUCCCCGCGGAUGCCACCGAUGUUGACGUGAGAAAGUUUUUCGAAAACUGCGGCGAGAUUCGAGAUUCGAAAGUUGUUGAAGCCGCUGGAGGCAAAAUAGCCAUUGUCGAGUUUACUAGCGAACUAGAUGUGUUCUCGGCACUAACAAGAAGCCACAAAUCAAUUGGGCUCAACGAAGUGACUGUAAGCCAGGCCCAAAAGAGCGUCUUGUUUGUCAACAACUACCCAAGCACAUCUAGCCAGUCUGAAAUCACGGAGCAUUUUGCACGAGUUGGUCCGUUGGUGAGCUGCAGGUUUCCUUCCCAGGUGAAAAACAAGAUACGCAGGUUCUGCUAUGUCCAGUACGUGUACGCCGCAGACGCCCAGAAAGCCGUUGUUAUGUACAACGGACAAAGCUACUGGGACGACAAUCUUAAACGUGAGCUAAAGUGGGAGGUGAAAUUUUCCAAGCCGCAAGAAAAGAAGGAAAGGACAAGCCCAAUUUCAGACAGGAAAAUCCGUGUUGCCAACAUCCCAUUCAAGGUUACAAAACAAGAAGUAGAGCAGCUAUUCGCCGAGGCAGGAGACAUUGAGCUGAUUGUCUUGCCUCGAGCCGUCUUUGAUACGAAAAACAAGCGAAUGAAACAAAACGGCGGUAUAGCCAUUAUUGCGUACAAAGAAGUGCGAGGUGCAGAGGCAGCAUUGAGAAAAGACGGCAUGGUUUUGAAAGGACGGGCUUUAAGCGUGAAUCGCCAACAAGCAAACUCUAGUCGAUCUGUCGAAGGUUUUGACCACUUGAGAACAGUGGGACUCAUCGACUUGGACCCUUCGUUGAACGCGUUCCAAAUCAAGUCGUUUUUUGAACGCUCGUUCGGGCAAAUUUCUAACAUUAUGGUUAUGCCAGAGGUGAAAGCAGGGCUCAUUGAGUUUGCCUCUAUCAGAGAUUCUGGCAAUGUGGCAUUGAUUAGCAGCCCGCUCGAGCUUGACACUUACAAGGUCAGGGUUAGUACUAGAGAUGAAGUUCUUGAACUACUCAAAGAGUCGAAGGAUGCAGGCAUGGCCGACUCUACUUCUGACGCCGCCGAGCGAAAAACGACGUUGGUGCCCACCUCCAUCAAAAGAAGGAGAGUUUAA